AAUCGCUGCCGACAGGUCUUGGGUGUUCUUCGUCUUUAUGCUAUGGAACCAAAAUCAAAUGUCCAAUCCGUCACGUUCAAAGAGGUCAAUGAUAAGCAUCCAAGACGGCUUUGCAUGGAGCUCGCAGCGGGUGGCGCAUGCGUGGCCAUGCAGGUCGACCAGCUACAACAACACGAUCUGCAUUCCUCAUCACAGGGGCGGCCUCCCUAAGUAGAACGUGCACUUCACGUGAUACUCGAGUGAUUCGUACACGCAACAACAGUGUCGAUCAUGAAUAUCCGGAAUGAAUCUAAGCAUGUGCAAUGUGAUCGAGUCGUCUCUAUGUGCGAAGUGGAUAUAUCAAAUGCAAUAGAUUACUUCCAACAUAUAUCGCAACGAAACGCACACGAUGACCGCACGACGCAGACUCACCUCGAGGCUGAAUGACCAUCUCUUCUAUCUCCUAACACUUUUCAUCCACCCAACAAACGCCGCAGGAUCGCAACUCCGCCUCCGCUUCCAACGCUGGUUUCCCUUCUACGCGCGCUACUUCCAAUCCGUCCUGCCCGAAUGCAGCGACAUCCUGACCACGUACUACGACAAUGUGACCGAUGACCCAGCCUGCCCAUCGCCAUGCGCCUGCGCCCUGGACUGCAUCCUGGGCGCCACCCACGAGUCCGUCAAGGCAAAUAUGCAAUCCGCCUCGGUCGUCCUCGGCCUCAUGCCCACCUUGAUCGCCGUUCUCGCCCCGAGCAUCGCCGAGAUAGCCGUCCUGUCGACCUGGUCGCCGCCGCUGGCGCUACUGAUCGCGCUGGGGACGCCUGCCGUGCGUAUCUCGCCUGCCGCAGCGGUUUCGGGCGUCAUCAACGAGACAUCCUCGCUCGUCAUGCAGCACCUCCAGACGUGGUUGGCGCGCGGGAGGCGUCGUCGGCUUGUGCUUCGCGUCUUCCUGGGCGCCGCGGCGGUCGCGACGGUCGCUAAUGCGGUCGAGACUUCGGUUCGUGUGGAUCUCCGUACGGCGUCCGGCUGGCGGUGUAAUCAGCUCUUCAUGCCGCUUGUGUGGAGCGAGCUGAGCAUCGUCGCCUUCGGCAUGGGCAUGACCGCAAUUCGCUUGCGUCGGCCGGAUAGCAGCUUCUCGCUAGGAAAGCCUGCUCCCCCGCCGACUUUGCCGUCCGCAGCUGGUCGACCGAGAGCCUCGCGGGCUCCGCGACCUCCUGUACCCAAUGCACCCACGAACUCGCCGCUAUGGCAGAGAAUCACGCAGCAGGAGGAAUCUUCAUCGAGCGAAGUCCUCUGGACGCUGGCGGUGGUUGCGACUUACGUGCAGAUUUUCUUUGGAACGCUUGUGAUGGCUUCUUUAAUCUUCAUCUCUUUGCAGGACGCCAUGUUUGUCGCGCUCCGGUAUGCGGCUGGUUGCGUCGUAUGUCGACUUGUUGUCGCUGUGGAACUUGCGACCAUGCGUGUCGAGUUGGCGCGUCGAGUUGGAAGUCCUUGAGAACAUGAUGCCUAUGGUCCAUGCAGGAUUCUGCAAUUAAAGUACCGGGUGCACCUACGAGUGAGGACGAUUGUUUGGUUCGUGGCGACCUUGACCUUUGCGUCACACAACCUACCUGCGCCUUUCUAUGUGUCACAUGCUUACUGUCUUCACUUCGGGUUCAUUCUAGGAACCUCACACAGCGGA